AUGCAAGCUAGAGACGCCUCCGGCCGCCAGGUGUCGCUGCUCAACGACGGCCAGCAGCAGCAGCAGCAGCCGCCCCAGCCUCAGCCGCAGCGCCCGCUGCCCGCAAGGCCGCUCAGCUACCACCAGACAGCCCCGGCGGGUCACCACCACCACCACGUCUUCUCCCAUCCCAGCCCCGCCCUCCGCAGCAACUCUUCCUCCCCCAACAUGCCCGAGCUGCUCCGCUCCGACUCGUAUGACUCCCAGACCAGUAACGAUCCCAUCUCCCCCAUGACGCCCUCGGUCGACUACAUCUUUCCCCGCACCUCGUCGGCCUCCAUCUACCCCGUCGCCCAAGACUACCCGGUCACCGCCGAUGCACCCAUCAAGCGGCCAGCCUACGUGACCGAGAGCCGAGCCUCGUCGUUUGAGGACGAGGCCGCCGCCGCCGCCGCUGCCGCCGCCAUGUCUGGCGCGUCGCCCUCAUCCGCGGCCGCAGCCGCAGCAGCCGCAGCCGGAGGGGCGUCGAUGGCCGAGCGUCCCGGAAAGCGCUACCCCUGCCGCUACCGCGAAAGCCACGGCUGCGAAAAGACGUUCACCACUUCCGGUCACGCCUCGCGCCACUCCAAGAUCCACACGGCCGAGAAGGCUGUCCAGUGUACCUUUCACGGGUGCCAGAAGAAGUUCACGCGCGCCGACAACAUGAAGCAGCACCUCGAGACUCACUACAAGGACAAGGGUCACUCGGCCGGUCAGCGAACCCAAAAGGCCGCCGUGGCCGCCCUGGCUGGCCCCCGUCGACACUCGGCCUCGGGUCCCGUUCGGCAGCACGCGAGAUGGCUGCUGCCGCCGCCCGCUGCCUGGGACAUGCGCGGCCUGGAUCUGCCCCUGCUCAACCGCCCGGCAGCUCCGGUGGCCUCGCCCAGCAGUGGUCUCGAUGCACUCGCCAUGGCCAUUGCCUGCCAGGAGGGCAAGUCAUAA